ACGCUCACGUCGCCCCUCGCCUUGGUCCACCUCUAGAUAGAUUUAGCGUCUUGUCCUCCGCGAAAUUCUUUAAAAAAAAAUAACAAAACAACCCAGUUACCGCUAUGUUUUUUACCAGUAUUAUCAUAUUUUUAUAGUAUUUCCCACUAUUACCCAUUUCACAUGAGUGAUACGGAGAGCGACGGAGACGCACAAGGCGAGGGCGUCGUGGAUCCGGAUAUCUUCUCAUCGGACAGCAGGGAAUCCGAUCAGCCCGUCGUGCGCAGGCGGAACUGGCAGCGGAUUAUGACCCAGAAUCCCGACUUUGAUCCGGAUCAUGUGCUGCGCGAAAUGGAGGAUGCAUACAAUUCUGAUGACGCCAGUGGGGACUCCGAAGAGGCUGUGCCAUACUUGGAGCCUGCGGACGUGAGAGCAGGCGCUCGGGCGGUAGCCGCACAGCUUCGCCAUGAGCUCUUACUGCUUGAUCGUCGACUGGCAGAGCCCGAGGAGUAUCCAGAACCAGCUGAAGAUCAGCGGCUCAUUGUGGAUCCGCCGCCUGAGAAUCAGAUAGAGGCUGAGCUGCAAGCAGAUCAGCCCAAUGAGAACCAGGAGGCCGAGCCCCAGGCGCAACUGGCAGACCAAGAGCAGCCCGAAGCUCCUGCGGUGCUCCUGGUGGAUCCUCCGCCCAUGCCCAGUCCGCCCAGCACUUCCCGCCGAAACCAAGGCGAGGAACCAGGUGUGAUCUCACUGGACACACCGUCACCGCCGAAAAAACGCAAACGUCUCUCUGCCGCCGCCGAUAAAAGCCUUAAAAAAUCGCCCGAGGGCAAACCCACAAUUGUGGAGGACGAAGAUGAUGGCCUCACGUGUCCCAUUUGUCUGGACUCCUGGGAGAUGAGCGGCGAGCAUCGACUGGUCUCCCUGCGCUGUGGCCACCUCUUCGGAGAGUCCUGCAUACGAAGAUGGCUGAACGAGAGCCAACGCCAAUCCUCCGUAAAAGUGUGUCCGCAGUGCAAAACCAAGGCCACAUUCAGGGACAUUCGUCACCUGUACGCCAAGCGAAUCCAGAUGCUGGAUACGGAUAUUAGGGAGCAAUUGGAGGCGGAGCGUCGGCGUACCCAGACCCUGACCACAGAGCUGGCCACCGCCAAGCUGGCCCACACUCUGACCGCCGAGAAGCUGAUGCUCCUGCAGAAGGACAACGAACGGCUGAAGGAGCUGGUGAGGGCGGGCGGCGGUCGAGGAGCCUUUGGAGGCGAUGCAGAUGGCUGCGGUGGCCAGAAGGGCAUUCACCAGCUGGCCAUGCAUCGCUUGUACAUGGAGAAGAACUUUGAGAUCACCCGAGAGCCCGGCUGUCGGGUGCUACUCUACUCCGCCAAGCACUCCAUGCUGGUGGCCUCCCAGAAGAGCGCGCAGAACUUGUUCCCCGGCUAUGGGGUGCGGUUCAUCGAUCCGCCCAGCUUCAAGCCACUGCACUUCCUGCACACCUCGGCACUGUUGGUCAGGGACAUUGCAUUUAGCGAGUCCCAGCACCUGCUAACGGUGGCCAGUCGGGAGCCGAAGAUCAAGAUCUUUGACAUUAGGACGCGACUGUGCUCGUCCAUGUUCACCGCUCAUGACAAGAUGCUCUGGUCCUGCGCUCUGGAUCGCAACGAGCGCGAGCACUUCCUGUACGGCGGCGAUCUGCGAGGAGGGGUCUAUAUCUAUGACUUGAGGUUUCCCGAGAACAUACUCUGCGAGUUCCAAGCCGAAGACAACUUUAGUCCUGUGAUACACAUAGUUCCAGUGCCACCCAAUAAGACUUUUAUCAGUGGCGGCUUCCUGGUCUGCCAGCUGACGGCCCUCACCUUCUACGAGUACGCCGCGGCCAAUGAUACGGCAGUGCCCACGCGGCUCAAUGUGGAGGGACCGUUCUUGUCCAUGCAGUACGAUGCCGUGCAGGACACGGUGCUCAUCUCGGCCCGCUCCAAUCCCACUUCGCCCCAGUCCCGCUUCAUACUGGGCCGAAUGGACAAGAUGGACGGUACGCCGGUGCUGAAGGUGAAGGCAACCAUCUUCGGCUCGAAGGCCACGCCGAUUAUGACGCGACCGACCCAGCUGGGCGUCGAGGAUAACACCCUGGUUGUGGGCUAUCUGCAGGACAGCAAGCAGCUGAUGAUGCACGAUGUACGGCGGGAGGAGCGGGUGCAAACGAUGCCCGUCAACGAGGUGGUCUACGACAUCUGCCCGGUAGCCACUCAGGCCGGAUCCUAUUUGGCCGCCCUCACCGACAACAAGUGUCGCGUCUACAAAGUUAACAGUUCCAAGCGAUGAGAAAUGCCCGCAUGUGCACUCGUUUUCCAUGAAAAUACCCAAAGAAGUGUUUAGUUGUAGGUGAUUUCUUAAAAAACAAGAGACUGCUGAAAAUGGACGAACAUAUAAGCCUUAGUUGUUAGUUUAAAUUUUCUCAUUAUUUCCGUUUAUUAAACAUUUGUCAACCUUGCGGUUCGCGUACAAGAUUACUCUGAACAUAAAUCUAUAUUGUGUACUCCAUGUUCUGUUUUUGAUUCUUGAUUUCAAUUUUUGAAUGCUCGUAAACUGUUGUGGAUAAGUCUUGUAUAAAACAAUAGAAAAUGUUGGUUCGAUUAAUAAUAUACAUAUAAAGCUAUACAAAAA